AUGCUCCACUAUUUCAACUUCAGCAAGGCGACGCCGCCAGCGAACGAAUCGCCCGACGCUACCCAAGCUCCAGUGCGAGCUUUGCCCGCAUCAUGGUAUACCUCGACCGACAUGUACAACUUUGAGCGACGAGCCAUAUUCUCCAAACGUUGGAUCUUUCUCACACAUUCUUCCCGCCUCGCCGAGACAGGAGAUUGGCUGCGCUACACAAUUGCCGGUUACGACAUCAUCCUCACCAAAGACCGCGAAGGUACCAUCAAUGCUUUCCACAAUGUGUGUCGGCACCGCGCAUACCCCGUCGUCGAAGGCGAGGAGAAGGGCAAAGCAAAAAUUCUGGCCUGCAGGUAUCACGGGUGGAGCUACGGACUCAACGGCAAACUGGCAAAAGCGCCAGGAUACCAACAAUUCAACGACUUCAAGAAGGAAGAAAACGGGCUAUUACGCAUCCACGUCAAAAUCGACGUCAACGGUUUUGUCUGGAUCAACAUGGACGCAAACAACCCGCCCACAGUAUCCUGGGAAUCCCACUUCAAAUCUGUAGACAUCCAAUCGCGCUACAAAGGCUACGACUUCUCCGAAUACACCCUCUCUCACACAUACUCCCUGCCGGGGCCGUACAACUGGAAGAUCCUAGCCGACAACUUCAACGAGUGCUACCACUGCCCGACGACGCACCCGGACAUCCCGUCGUUCCUGAACCUCGAGUCGUUCGACAGCGCGCUCAAGGACGGGCAUAUCCAGCACCACUGCGCGCCGACCAAGGAGCAAGAAGAAAAAGGCCUGCAAGUGCAUUCGACGUAUUACUUCCCCGCGAGCAGCAUGGUGCUGAGCAGGCACUUCAUCAUGAUCCAGAAGUUCCUGCCCGUCAGCGCGACCGAGUCGGCCAUGAGCUACGAGGUCUUUCGGAACAAGCACAGCUCCGACGAGGAUUUUCAUCUGAUUGCCGAUAUGUAUGAGAGGGUGAUGCGCGAGGAUAAAGUGCUGUGCGCCGCGGCGCAGAAGAAUCUCGAGCGUGGCGUGUUUGUGAAUGGCCAGCUGCAUCCGAGGUAUGAGAAGGCGCCGUUGUUUUUCCAGAGCACCGUCAGGGACGUGUUGAGAGAGCAUCGUGAGCAGGAGAAGAAGGCGGGCAGGGAAAUUUGGCCGGCGAAGAUGGUUGUAGGGCAGGGGAAGGAGGGGAGUGAAGAGGACGAGGAGUUCUGCAGGGGGUUGAGCUGUGGGGAUGAUGGGAAGGGGUUGGAGUGGUGA